CGUAAACACAUAUUGGAACUAAAAAGUAAAAAAUGCAAAAGUGCUGUGACUUUAUCCCCGAAUUUUGAGCAAAGCCGGACUCAUCCAAGCUACUACUCGUGUCCCAAAGAAGGGCGAUUCCACAAAGUAUUUAAAAAUGAUGCAAUUUAUGCUUUUAUUCAGCCGACAAGGCAAGCUUAGGUUACAAAAAUGGUAUGAGGCACACCCAGAUAAAGUAAAGAAGAAGAUAACUCGAGAACUAAUCACAACGAUUCUCUCUAGGAAGCCAAAGAUGUGCAGUUUUAUUGAAUGGAAAGAUAUGAAAAUUGUUUAUAAGAGAUAUGCCAGUCUCUAUUUCUGUUGUUGCGUUGAAAGGGAUGAUAAUGAACUAUUGACAUUAGAAAUAAUCCAUAGAUAUGUGGAAUUAUUAGAUAAAUACUUUGGCAGUGUAUGUGAGCUAGAUAUCAUAUUUAACUUUGAGAAGGCCUACUUCAUGCUUGAUGAGCUCCUGUUAGGGGGAGAAGUCCAAGAAACAAGCAAGAAGAAUGUUCUUAAGGCAAUUGCAGCACAGGAUCUCUUACAAGAGGAGGAAAAAGAUUUGUAUCUUCAGAAUGAUAUCUUAAGUUUGUUAGCGCCACCAUGGUAACCCUGUGUUGCCAUGGUAACAGCAAGCUUGGGAAUCCGAAGAACCAAAAACUCUACUGGAAGAAAUGGGCAUUUACACUUGAUCCAAUUUCCCAUAAUGCAAUUCAAAAAGCAGACGUACAUUUGGUCCAUUUUCCCAGAAUGCAAUUCUAAAGCAGACAUUCGCUUCAUAUGUUAAAGAAAUUAAAAAAAUAUGUUCAAAUUAUGGAGCUAUUUGAUUGGUUGUGGACUACCUGUGAUGCUAUUAUCUGAUCAAAAUGGAUACUAUGUAUUAAAAUUACAAACUAGUAGACUGUCAAUUUUAUUCAAGAUUAAACAGAUUUAAUAACAUUCCUAUAAAAACAAUGAUAUCUGACUCAAUAAGGCUUUGUACAUGUUGUUCUACUUUAAGCAUGUAUGUCGUAUCUUAAACUACUAGAGACUUGAAAAUAUGUACUUGUCACAUCUGCCUAAUGUCAUGAUAUGUAUGACUGUAUUCGAAUGCUAGGUCUCUCUAUUGGGAAUCAACUGUCAUGUUAGUAAUGCUAACAAAUCAUACAUAUGGGGAAGAAUCAACAGUGGACAGGAGAAUGUAAGGAACGCUUAAACUUUGAAUUCUCCUGAUAUCUGAUAGAUUAGCA